ACAAACCAACAUCCGUGACUUUAAUACAUUUUGUUGAUAAUCAGGAUAUCUCUCAGACGAAUACUAUUUUUGACAUGAUAAUCUUAUUUUCGCGAGCAAGAAUGAUGACAGUUACUCUAAAGCUAGAACAAGGCUUUUUACCUCAAGAUUAUACCAAAAGCUUGAGAGACGUUGGGAAGCCGAUGAAUGUAGUUUUCAUCAAUUCCGAAAGAGACGUGAAGAAAAUGAAGGAUUUAUCAAAACAACUAAGUGUCUAUGGAAAAAUAAAUCUGGUCCUAUUUGUGAAAGAAUUUAAAUCUCCUUUGAUCGGCACUUGCAUGAAUCCUGUUGGCAAUCCAUUUCGUCUCAGCGAAGGUUUUUCAAUCUUUGUCAAAUGCUAUGAAGACAUAGCAAUUCGAGAGUGGUACGCUUUCUAUGAAAAUCAACUAGAAAUUUACGAAAGGAAUACUUGGGAACCAGCAAAAGGCCUUGUUCUCAAGUCGAAAAAAUUGAAGCAAACCGAUAAUGAUAUUCUGAAUGGAAAAGUUCUGCGUAUAGGAAGAUUUUCGAUAUCCGAGAAAUACGACAAAUAUGUCGAUGAAUUAUUUCUUGCCCUGAAAAUCGCUGGCCAUUUUUCGACUAAGAAUGUUUAUAUAAAAGAAAAUUUUGGCAUUGGAUCUUGGAACAAAACCAACAAGACGUGGUCAGGUGCUAUGGGACUAAUGCAAAAUAAUCAGCUUGAUAUUUUAGCAUACGGAACUCCGCUAUCUCAAACAGUUUUAGAUUCAUUUGAAUUAACUUCACCUCUAUACAGAUUUGAUUUAUGCCUUUACAUAAGGAAGCCAUCAUCUAAAGUAGAAGUUAUGUGGUCUGCUUACUUCACGCCAUUAACGCACAAAACAUGGUGCGCUUGGAUAGUGUCUCUUAUAGUCACAGUGACUCUUCUUAGAUUUUUGAGACUCAAAGUAGAAAAUGGCUUAUACAACGGUGGUAUUUCGGAAAAUUUUCUACAUGUUUGGGGAUGUUACUUUAAUCAAGGAUUACCAGAAUUUCCGAAAGCUUUAGCUCUGCGAUUAUUUUAUUAUUCAACUUUCCUUUUUGGAUUCUUUAUGUUCGCUGUUUACUCGGCAUCUUACGUGAGUGACCUGACUGUACUUCAGAACAAUUUACCUUUCAAGUCAUUAGAAGAAUUUGUGAAAGACAAAUCCUACAAGCUAGCAGCUCAUAAUCCUUUCUUUUAUGAUGAGCAACUGAAAAUUUGCAGUAAAAAAAUAGUACUUUUGAGUAUUGAGUUCAUUACCUCUGAACUGUCUGCCGAUACAAAGAUUCCAUGCAAAUUGGUUAAAAUUAAACUUGAAAGACCCAGAUAUUUCCGUAUGGCCAUGCCUAAGAAUAGCCCGUAUAAAAAGGCUAUUAAUUAUUACAUAAUUAGACUCAGGACAAAUGGUAUAUUAAAGUACAUCGAGUCAGAGCUUCAAGACAACAGCGUCAGUGGAAUUUCCUCAAUAAAUGCACCUAAUGAACAAAUCUAUGAGCCUGAAACCAUCUUGGAUAUAGCAUCACUCUUGGUGAUGCUUUUUGGAAGCCUAGUUCUGUCUAUUCUGAUAUUAUUUUUCGAAAAAUUUUAUUUCACUGUUCGUGAGAGAAAGUCUGCUGAAAUUUCUACACGUUCUCGCUCUGGAGCCACUCAAUUUAGAAAAUUAAAUUAAGAUAUAACAUGAUAUAAUGUCUAUCA